UUCUUCUGGCAACUAAGGGCACAGCUCUUUUUCGGGGUGUCAAGCAAAUGUUUAGCGGCUUUACCACUUUACGAGUUAACCCGUGUUUAUUUGGUGUUCUAAGUCCUCUCGCCAAGUGGAGCAAGCGAAAGAACAUGAAAGAUGACGAUUGAAAAAAAAUACAAUCCUCGGUGUUUCUUUGAUGUGGAAAUCGGAGAACAACCUGCCGGGAGGGUUGUCUUCGAACUCUUUGCCAAUGUCUGCCCCAUAACUUGCGAGAACUUUCGAUCCCUCUGCACAGGAGAAUGUGGCAUCGGCAAGACGACGGGAAAGCCGCUUCACUACAAGGGCGUGAAGUUCCACAGAGUCAUCAAGAGCUUCAUGAUCCAGGGGGGCGACUUCUCUGUCGGCAAUGGAAGUGGCGGUGAAUCCAUUUAUGGCGGAACGUUCAAAGACGAGUGCUUUGACAUGAAGCAUGAUCGUCCUUACCUGCUUUCCAUGGCUAAUCGUGGGAAGGACACCAAUGGGUCGCAAUUCUUCAUAACAACUCAGCAGACCCCUCAUCUUGAUGGGGUGCACGUGGUGUUUGGCCAGGUGAUCAAGGGCGAGGAGGUGGUGAGGGAGGUGGAGAACCAGCCGACGGACGACAACAGCUGCCCCUUGCAGCCGGUGGUGAUAGCCAACUGCGGGGAGCUCGUGCUCAAGCGCAAGCAGAAGGACAAGAGACACAAGAAAACGGCCUCAAGCGCGGCAAGCAGCGACGCAGAGUCCUCCUCGCCCGAGAAGGCGGGAGAGAAGCGGCACAAGAAGCGCCACAAGCACCACUCCAAAAAGUCCAAACGGGAGAAGCACAAACGCAAGGAGGACAGCCCUGCGAAAGAGGCUCAGGACGACGACGGGGACGUGUUCAUCAUCAAGCCGGACGAGAUUCCCGAGAUCCCGGCCAACAACUUCCUCAUGAGGAGAGUGCCCGCCGAAGCUGACUCAAACUUCGGGGCGCCCGACAGGAGGAUGGGAGGCUUCUACAACCGGCGCCCCAAGAUCUCACGGUCCGGUCGCAAGAUCAAGGGCAGGGGCUUCAUGAGGUACCGCACCCCGUCCCCGGAAGGGGGCCGCUCUGGCAGCGAGACCCCUCCCCACUGGAAGCAGGCCCAGUCUCGCAUGAAGCCCCUCAAGGAAUACCUGGACCUGGCAGGAGACGGGGAGGAUGAACCGAUGCAGGGGGAGCCGGGAGAUGCACAGCCCUCAGAUGCCACUCGCAAGGAGGCUGGCAAACCCAGGAGUUCCGAAAACACGGAGAGGCGGCGGGACCGCAAGGACCGUGAGCGCGACCGCAGCCGCGACCGGCACCGGGAGAACAGGGACCACGAGAGGGACCGCCACCGGGACCGGGACAACCGGAACCGGGACCGGGAAACUGCGCGGACCUCGUCGCGCAACCACCAGGACGAGAACCACCCGCCAGCAGAACCGCGCCGGCGACGCAAGUUCGAAGAGAACCCGAGGCCACGCAAGGGGGACCGGGAGGCGUCCCCUGAAGGUCCCAGGGACCGUUCCCCGAGGAGGUCCAAGGAGCGGCCGGGGGAGAGGGCGGCACGCCGAAGAGGCAGUGGCGAGGGCGCCCCGCCGGAGGAGAGGGCAGCCGGAGAGGCGAGGAACCGGGCGGCAGCCGGCGCCAGGAGGCACGACCGGGAGGCCCCGAGGGACGGCCAGCGCAGGUCUCCAGCCAAGAAGGUCCAGACCGCACCUCAGGGCGAGCAGGCCUCACACCAGCGCGGCAAGGAGGGUGCCUCGUCAUCCGUAGCCCUGGCCGCCUCGGAGAGCAACGGAAGGGAGGACAAGGCGGAGAGGCGCUCGGCAGCUGCACCAACGGCGGCACCGGCGGCGGCCAAGGCACCCCGGAGGUUCGAGGAGCACCCGCGCUCCGGGGAGGCGGAGGCAGCGGUGCCGGGGGUGUUGAGGACGCGACUGCCCAUGACCCAGCUCCUGGACCCCGCAGAACCCCUGCCCCCCGGCGUGGAGCCGGACGAGAUCACCUCUUGUUUGGAUACGGCGAGCUCGCUGCCAUCGUCGCAGAUGAAAUGGGGAAUGAGCAGCGGUGCCGGCGGCAGUGGCGGCGCCAAGGUCCUCACGUCUCACGUGUCGAGCGCCGAACCCAAACACAGGAGGGCGAGCUCGCCGCCGACAAAGGCGCCGCCGUCUCGCCGGGCCGAAGCACAAAAUUCCACCCCGUCUCAACCUGACUCCGGCAAGAGCCUUGCCCAAAAGCCCACAAACGACGCAACCCCCGCGCCCAGCCGAACUUCCGCCCCGAAGACGGCCGAACGGCGCAAGAGUUCCUCAAAGAGUUCGCCGACAAUCGCCCCGUCCAACGACCGUCCCAAGGGAAAGGCGGCGGAAGGGUCGUCGUCGAAGGCGGCGCGCGAGUCCAAACGGGUAGCUUCCAAGGUCUCCCGCUCCCGGUCCCGCAGCCAGUCGAGGGGCCGCCGCGGCAACCGCAAGCGCUCCUCCAGCCCGCCGGGUCGGAAGCGGAACCGGUCCGCGAGUUCAUCCUCGGGCGGGGGCCGGCGGAAGGCGAGGGGCCGCGGGGACUCCUCGGACGAGGACCGGUCGCGGGGCGCCAAAGGGCACCGGGGCCGACGCAGCCGCAGGCGGUCGUCGAGCUCGAGCAGCGCAUCGUUCAGCUCGAGCAGUGCGAGCAGCUCGAGCGGCGACCGGGGGCGCAGGAAGCGCCGCAAAGGCAACGCCUCCCGGUCGGGCAGGAGGAAGCGCUCGAGUUCCAGCUCAUCGAGCUCCAGCGACUGAGUCUCGGGGGGCCGCGACUGCGCGGUUCCGGUCAUCACGAUUCUUGACACAGCUUUGUGCAGUGCACGCUAGAGGAGUCCUACGCCGACGACAUUGUUCGCCACCAACACCCUCGCCUGCGACAUCCUACUGGACUGAAUGCGUUAGCAAAAUCACUCGGUCUCUGACAUCUCUGUUCGGGUUCCCUUUGUUUUUUAUGCCGGUCUCGAUCAUCAAAGUUCAUAUUGUCUUAUAACUUUUCUUCCAAUACUUUUUCUUUUUGUUGUCUUUUUUUUUUUCACAAUUGUACACAGCUGCACCCUCACAUUCAGCUGUCUUUCUGAGUAUGGGUGUAGUAAGUUAACGGUAUUAAACUGUUUCUACAGAA